AUGGACUUCAUCAACAAGGCCGCCGAGAGCUUCAGCGGAAACAACGACAGCAAUGACAGCAAGGACAGCAACAAGUCUAGCGGCGGUGGCGGCUUCAUGGACAAGCUCAACAACGCCGCCGGCGGUGGUGCCCAGGGCGAGAAGAACGAGGAUGGCCUCGACAAGGCCAUCGACAUGUUUCAGGAGAAGGUCAUGAAGUCGGGCGCUCAGGACAACGAGUCUGCCGCCGAGCAGGCCAAGGACGAGAUGAUUGCCGACGCCAUCCGCAACAAGUACAAGGAGGCUACCGGAAACGAGUUCCCCAUCGAGGACAAGAAGAAGUCGUACGGCCUCUAA